AUUCCCUUUGCGGAAGUAAUCCUCUCGUGAUAAACAUAUCACAUGAUCACCAAUUGAAUGUCAAAAUGGCAGUGAACAUAAAAAUAAAGGGUGCCACGAAUGGCUUGAGUCAACAAGCAGCGUUAAAUGAACACAAACUUGCUAUAACACGAGACUAUAUAUCUCAACCGAGACUGACAUACAAGACAGUCUCUGGUGUAAAUGGACCUCUGGUUAUUUUAGAUGAAGUCAAGUUUCCAAAAUUCUCUGAGAUUGUCAACUUGACUUUAGCAGAUGGAACAAUUCGUAGUGGACAGGUCUUGGAAGUUAGCGGUUCAAAGGCUGUCGUACAGGUAUUUGAAGGCACCCAUGGUAUCGAUGCUAAGCACACAACUUGUGAGUUCACUGGGGACAUUCUGAGGGUACCAGUCUCGGAGGAUAUGUUGGGUCGUGUUUUUAAUGGCUCUGGUAAAGGUAUUGACAAGGGACCACCUGUAUUGGCAGAAGACUUUUUGGAUAUUCAAGGUCAGCCAAUUAACCCCUGGUCGCGUAUUUACCCCGAGGAGAUGGUACAAACUGGUAUAUCUGCUAUAGACACAAUGAACAGUAUUGCUAGAGGACAGAAAAUUCCAAUCUUCUCAGCAGCUGGUCUCCCUCAUAAUGAAAUUGCUGCUCAGAUUUGUAGACAGGGAGGUCUUGUUAAGUUACCCGGUAAAAGUGUAUUGGACGAUCAUUCCGACAAUUUUGCUAUCGUAUUUGCUGCUAUGGGAGCCAACAUGGAAACUGCUAGAUUUUUCAAACAAGAUUUUGAGGAGAAUGGCUCUAUGGAAAAUGUGUGCUUAUUCUUGAAUUUGGCUAAUGACCCAACUAUUGAGCGUAUUAUCACACCUCGUAUUGCAUUAACAACAGCAGAAUUCUUGGCAUACCAAUGUGAAAAGCACGUGUUAGUCAUUCUCACAGAUAUGAGUUCUUAUGCUGAAGCUUUGAGAGAAGUGUCAGCUGCUAGAGAAGAGGUGCCAGGUCGUCGUGGUUUCCCAGGUUACAUGUACACUGAUUUAGCCACCAUCUAUGAAAGAGCUGGGCGUGUAGAAGGCAGAAAUGGAUCCAUUACACAAAUUCCUAUUCUUACUAUGCCUAAUGAUGACAUCACUCACCCUAUCCCUGAUCUGACUGGUUACAUCACAGAGGGACAGAUCUAUGUGGACAGACAACUUCAUAACAGACAGAUCUAUCCACCAAUCAAUGUGCUGCCAUCAUUGUCAAGGUUGAUGAAGUCUGCUAUAGGAGAGGGUAUGACCAGAGAGGACCAUUCAGACGUAUCUAAUCAAUUGUAUGCAUGUUAUGCUAUUGGUAAAGACGUACAGGCCAUGAAAGCUGUGGUAGGAGAAGAAGCUCUUACACCAGAAGAUUUACUAUACCUCGAGUUCCUUACAAAGUUCGAGAAAAAUUUCAUUUCACAAGGACAUUACGAGAACAGAACAAUUUUUGAAUCUCUGGAUAUAGGAUGGCAACUUUUACGUAUCUUUCCUAAAGAAAUGUUGAAAAAAAUUCCGCAAGGGACCUCGCCCAAAAAAUUUUCCAAGAAAAUGCCGAAAACAGCCCCAGAAAGGGGCGCAAAGGGCCCCGGGGGGCCCGGGCCCGAAACAGCCCGGAAAAAAAGGAGCUCCCAAAAAACCCGUACGCAGUUAUAA